CGUAAUCCAGAUUGCGCGAGAGGGGUGGGCGGUAUUUCCGAUAAUGCAGCAAGCUGUUAUCUGCCAUUCACAUUACUACUGUAUGUCUGGCUGACAGACUUUGACUCUUCGCUGUUCGAGUAACCGCCUUUGGCUAUUGUUGCUCAUUUCUACGUAGAAUCACUGGUGGAGAAUGUUGCCGUAGGGUGGAGAGAAGGUUUCCACCUUUAUCUGAUGGUUGGGCCGAUUGUUUAGUAUCAUGGCGUCCACUGAAAUAACGUUUCAGUUGAGGGGGACAACAUUACCUGGCGAAUUGCUAGCAAUUUGUGGCAGCUGUGAAGCUCUUGGCAAUUGGUGUCCACAGAAAGCUAUCAUCCUUGCAUUAGAUGCAAAUGACAGCACUUUAUGGAAGAAAACAGUUUGCCUUCCUAGUGGGGCUCCCAUUCAUUAUAGAUAUUUUAAAGGUUUUUUCCUUGAGUCUAAAAAGCAAGUAAGUGAUCUGUGUCAGGUGAUUGUCAAUAAGUGGGAGACUCAUCACUUUCCACGUGCCUUGAAUCCUACAGAACCCGAGUUGUUUGUAGAUGACGGUGAAUUUGGUGUUUAUAAUGGUGUUGAAUGUCUAGGCUCUGGGUGGCUAACGCACCAAACUCAGAUUCGUCUGAGAUUUCAUUACUCUGAAAAGCCACCAGUAUCAAUAUCAAAAAAGAAGUUUAAGAAUUCAAGAUUUAGAGUAAAGCUGAACUUGGAAGGCUUUGAAGAUGAUGAGUGUGAAGAUGAACAUUCCCCUACGUCAUGGCAUAAAAUGACUACUACUCUUGGCAUUAGCUUAAUUAGUAGUGACAACUAUACCUGCAGACACUCCCAACCCGAUUCUGGGUAUGCAUUGGACCCUGAAAGAUGGACAGAGUACAGUAUUCACACACUGCAUCCCGACAACCUGGAACUGACCCUAGAAUUUUUUGAGGAGGAUUUAAGCGAUCAUGUAGUUCAAGGAGAUGCUCGUCCAGGGCAUGUGGGCACAGCUUGCUUAUUAUCAUCUUCGUUUUUUGAAAGCGGCAAAAAUCCUGGAAUUAUUACAUUGCCCAUAAUGAGCAGGAAUUCUAGACAAACUAUUGGAAAACUCAGAGUCGAUUAUAUUAUAAUUCGACCAAUUGAAGGUCUUGCCUGUGACAUGAGUAAUUCAUACACAAAGUACUGGAAAGCAAGAACUGCUCUGGAUGUGGGGCACAGAGGAGCUGGAAGUUCAUCAAACUUGGCAAAGUACACUAAAAUCAGGGAAAAUACAAUAGCCUCUUUCAAAAGUGCUGCCGGUCAUGGAGCUGCUUUUGUGGAAUUUGAUGUUCAUCUUUCCAGAGAUCACAUACCAGUUGUGUACCAUGAUCUUACGUGUUGCAUAUCAAUGAAGAAGAAAAAUGACAAGGAGUCUAUGGAAUUAUUUGAGAUUCCUGUAAAAGAACUCAGUUUUGACCAUCUCCAGUUAUUAAAGCUUGCUCACGUGGCCGCAAUGAAAUUGAAUGAACACAAAGACUCUGUUGAUGAUGAAGAAUAUAUUGCGGAACAUCAGCCUUUUCCUUCAUUACAACAGAUUUUUCAAGCACUUCCUGAAAAUGUUGGAUUCAAUAUUGAAAUCAAGUGGCUUUGUCAGCUUAGAGACGGUUCUUGGGAAGGAAAUCUGAACACCUACUUUGACAUGAACCUGUUUGUUGAUGUAAUACUCAAGUGUGUUCUUCAAAAUGCUGGGAAAAGGAGGAUCGUUUUUUCAUCUUUUGAUGCAGAUAUUUGCAUAAUGGUACGACAGAAGCAGAAUAAAUACCCUAUUCUGUUUUUGACCCAAGGCCACUCUGAAGUAUAUCCGGAAAUGAUGGACAUUCGGUGUCGAACAACAUCGUUUGCAGUGAGCUUUGCACAAAGUGAAGAACUUUUGGGAAUCAGUGUACACACAGAAGAUUUGCUGAGAAAUCUGUCUCGGAUAAAAGAAAUAAAAUCUAAAGGUUUAGUUGUAUUUUGUUGGGGAGAUGAUACCAAUGACCACGAAAACCGAAGGAAGCUGAGGGAAAGUGGAAUUGAUGGAUUAAUUUAUGACAGAAUCUGUGACGCCAGACUCGAGCAAGCAAAUAUCUUUGAAGUGGAAGAGCAAGAACGUCUCAAAAGGGGGAUUCCAGAAGAAACCUUAAAAAGUUGUGCCUGUUCCACUUUAAGCCUUUCCUGUUCCCUGAUGCCCUGUCCCAGAAUGCAGGAGUGUAAAAGCACAGACGUUGAUUCAGUAUUCUGUGCCUCUUCUGUGUAAUUUACCUUAAGCCAUAAAAAGAUCAUUUUGAGACAA